GAGAGGACGUGGAAGAGUAGAGGCUUACAGAGGAAAGAGAGAGAGAGAGAAAGGAAAGAGAGAUUAGAAAAGAAAAAGAAAACAAAACAAAGGGUACUACUACUCCAACAUCUCUCUCGGUGUAACAAGAGUCCGAAGUCUUAGAAUAAUUUCCAUGUUUUAGGAUUCAACUUUGUUUCUUGGGGUUUUCUUGUUCUUUUCCCACAAACCUGUAUUACUCUGAGAGAGAGAUUUGAAUAACACCAAGAUUACACAUCCCUUUGUUUUUGGUGAAAAACUCUUUUCUUGUUUUUGUUUUGUACUGUUUUUUUACUUUCAAAAGCUAAGUUGUUUUCUUGCAAGUUUCCAACUUGUCAGCUCUAAACCCACAUCAUCAUCAUCGUCUUCAAAAUCAGACCCAAAUGAUGCCUGGUGAUGUUUUUUCAAUCCCCACUUCCAUUAAAGGGUUUUCUCAAGACUCAGAUCCAAACCCUAACCCUAAAUCCAACACAAUCGCAGCCAAGAAGAAGAGAAAUCUCCCCGGAACACCAGAUCCAGAUGCUGAAGUGAUAGCUCUAUCACCAAAGACUUUAAUGGCUACAAAUCGAUUUGUAUGCGAAAUCUGUAACAAAGGGUUUCAGAGAGAUCAGAACUUGCAGCUUCACAGAAGAGGUCACAAUCUUCCAUGGAAGCUGAAGCAAAGGUCUAACAAAGAGGUGGUUAAGAAGAAAGUGUAUAUAUGCCCGGAAACCACCUGCGUCCACCACCACGCUUCGCGGGCGCUAGGCGACCUCACUGGGAUUAAGAAACAUUUUAGCAGGAAACAUGGUGAGAAGAAGUGGAAGUGUGAGAAGUGUUCAAAAAAAUACGCAGUUCAAUCGGAUUGGAAAGCUCAUUCGAAGACUUGUGGGACUAGAGAGUAUAAAUGCGAUUGUGGCACACUCUUUUCCAGGAAAGAUAGUUUCAUCACCCACAGAGCAUUUUGUGAUGCAUUGGCUAUAGAAAGUGCAAGACUCACUCCUGUUCCAGCUACCCAUAUGAACUUCACAACUGAGCCUUUAGAUGAAAAUGCCAAUAAUAACCUCACUCAUCAGCCCAAUUUGCAGUCCGGAAUCGAUGCCGGAAUUUCUCAAUUUGGUGCUGGUUUCAGGCCAAAUUACGGCUCCGAGGCAGCCGGGAAGCCCGGAUUGUCACUGUGGUUGGAUCAAGAAAAUCCUCAGCUCAACACCAUCGAUAUGUCGACGAAUUCGAAUCUUUUUGUGUCGUCUGGCUCGGCGAACAUGUUUGGCUCAUCGUCGACAAUGUCGAAUUUUGGUAAUUGUAAUAAUUGGAUUGACAAGAAUGCGACAACAUCAAAAUCUGCAGAUCUUUCACUCUCCGGAGGAGUGAACAGCCACACCCACCAAUCGAAUUCUCCGGGGGUGGUGCCAAUGUCCGCCACCGCGCUUCUUCAGAAGGCGGCGCAGAUGGGUUCGACACGAAGCAACCCCAACCACAACCCAUCAUUUUUGGGAAACAAUUUUGGAGUAAUGAACAUGAACAUGAACAUGAAUUCGCCUUCUUCGUCUGAUACAUCGCCUUUCAACCACCGGGUUGUGCCCAAACCGGCGGAGAUUUUGGUGUCCGCGGCCAAUCUAGCCACCGUGUGCGGUGGCGGAGUAAUGGGUAGUUCAAGUUUGAGCUCACUGGUUAGUACAUCAAGCAAUUUUGAGCAAAUUAUGAUGCAAAGUGGUGUCAAUUCAAUGCUUCCCUUGAAGUUGAAUCCAGGUUCGAAUGUGUUCGAAAACAGUCUGACGAGAGAUUUUCUCGGCGUCGGAGGUGAAGGUGGUCGGCCGUUCUUGCCACAAGAGCUGGCGAAGUUUGCUUCAAUGAGUUCAGCUAUGGGUUUGAGCCAUUUCAUGACUAGCAACCACUGAAAAUGUGACUACCCAAUGUACAAUCAGCAAUGUUACAAACAUGUAAAAUGUGCACAGAAAAUAAAAUGUGUCGAUUUAAUUCUACUUAGGUAUGUUAAAUUUGAAUUUAGAUCAUACAUUUUAUUUUCUGUAUAUUUUGUUUUCGGUGCAUUUUUUGCGUUUGUAACUUUUCUCAUGUACAAUUAUAAUUUUCAAUGUGAGAUAUAUCACCUUUUUCUAUUA